AUGUCGAAUCCAGAAAACUACAAAGACGCAAAAUCAAUUUACGAAUUCAGCGCAAAGGAUAUAAAUGGACAAGAUGUAUCUUUAGAAAAAUACAAAGGACACGUUUGUAUAAUUGUAAAUGUGGCUUCUCAGUGCGGUUACACCAAAAACCACUAUGCUGAAUUGGUUGACCUUUACAACGAAUACUCUGAAACAAAAGGACUAAGAAUUCUGGCUUUUCCAUGCAACCAGUUUGGUGGACAAGAACCAGGAGACAAUCAAGAAAUUUGUACAUUUAUCAAGAGCAGGAAUGUUACCUUUGAUAUGUUCGAUAAGGUUAAUGUAAAUGGAGGAAGUGCACAUCCCUUAUGGAAUUACUUGAAGCACAAACAAGGAGGAACUUUGGGCGAUUUUAUUAAGUGGAAUUUUACUAAAUUUGUCAUUGACAAAAAUGGACAGCCUGUUGAAAGACAUGGUCCAAGCACAAGCCCAAAAGAUCUUGUUAAAGUUUUAGAAAAGUAUUGGUAA